AUGUACGAGUAUUGCAGGCAUCCUCAGAGAAAACUGCCGGAGAUGAAGGUGUCGUUUAUGACGAGCGCAGUCAUUGUCAUGAUGGAGGACGUAACAACGGAAUCCGUUGAGGGAUCGAAAGUGUUUGCGAAGCCACAUUUCGACACGGCGAAGCUCGCUCUGCGGGAUUUUAAUGUGCCCGGACGUCGACACGUGAUCCGCAAGGCGAAACAAUAUGGAGUCCAGAAGACCGAUUGGGAUUAA